AUGCAGCCUAAAGGCAACACUCCAUGGGUCUCUUUUGACGCCCUGAGAGUCUCUGGACUGGGAUCUGCAGCUGCAGCUGCAGCCGCUGCUGCAGCUGCCACAGCAGCAGCGAAUGAGGAUGCUGCAGCAAGAGGAGCCUAUUCAGGGGUUCCCAGGGAUGCUGCAGCUGGGGAGGAAGAGAAAUGGGCUGCUGCAUCCCCGGAGGGGCGAUAUGUUGAGGGGAGAUUGAGGGCCUCUGUAGAUCGCGAAACUGCAGUGUUGUUACAGCUGCAGAUGCAGCAGGCGCAGCAUCAAGCGUAUCAGAGCCAAGUGCAACCGCAGGAGCAGCAUCAGGAUCAACGGGAACUGCAAGAGGCCACAUACCGCAUACAGCGCAUCACUUUCAACGACCCGGCAAUCCAAACGCUCCACGAGAAGAAACGACACGUGACUUUGGAUUUGUUCUUAGCACCUCAGAGUCUAUCCGGAUCUGGCAUUCUGCGCGUUGUUACCCCCUUGCAGGAGCACAAGCAGCUCUACCGCACCAACAAAUCAUGCGAGAGCCUUGUGUUGGUCCACGAGGCCCCCGUUUCUGGAGGCAUGCAGGAGAUGCUGGAAGCACUGAAUUUCAAGCCUCGCGCCGUGGAAUUUGUACGGCGGAGAACUUUCAAGUUGAAUAUAUCGGGAAGCCUCGUCGAAGCCUCGCUCAAUUGGAGAUUUCGAGGGUUGUCUGCAUCUGUGGGGGUGCCGAGUGUGUUGCAGGACGAGGCAGAGGCUGUAGAGACGCGUCCAGGAGAAGUUACAGUUGAUCUGGUUGCUGCGGCGCUAUCACGCAUGCCUCCCCAGCAGAUGCACCAGCACCAGCAGCCGCAAGAGCAGCAGAUGCAGGAAUUACAAAGGGAAUAUCUGGAGGAGGUUUGGCAUCCUCUGCAACAAGCCGCUGCGGCAUACUCCGCCCUCGCACUCUUUGAGCCUGUCGGGUUCUCCUCGGAGUUUUAG